AUGAAUAGUGCAGGGAUCGCCGGGAUCAACAAAACCAUCGCAAUCGCCUCGAUCACCGAAUCAGGGGAUUUGACCUAUGCCAUCUACAAAUUGAAUACCUGGGUCUUGACCGAAAUGUGGUUCAUCAUCAUCUUCGGCUCCGUUCCUACGCUCCGUCCGUUCUUCAUCCGAUUCACCCAGGAUCUCAAGAGCGCCACCGGGUUCUCAUUGCGAAGUUCCGGUAAACGCUCCAAUGGUCGGGACUAUCCGGUCGAAUGCCAAGAACAACGCCAGUCGUGGGUGGAGUUGGACCAUCGGGCCUCCUGGAAUCCACAUGUCACCGCUAUCACAAGCGCAACCCAUGAUGGCGAGGAUGCUCAACGUAGAGAUGAAACGAAGAGGAACGAGCAACAGAUACUGGUUACAAAGGACACUUCCGUUGUUUCUGAGGAAUGUCAAGUGAAGGGAAGGGAAACUUGUCUCCGUACAUGA